AUGCCAAGCAUAUGCCUUGAUUCCGAAAGACAAAAGGCAAGGGAAGUUUUACUCCACGGGGUGCAAAGCCAUAAUGAUUGGCUACACACAUGGAAAGAAGCCUACAAACUCCUAGAUACUGAAAAACGGACUAUGUUUUCCAGUCGGCAUGUCAUAUUCAAUGAAUCCGGAAAGGUACAAAAGGAUGACACUGCUCCCUGGAACACAGACACUAGCACAGAUCAGUGGGAGGGACUCAUUCCAGAGAAUGCUCACUAUCUAGACCAAAAAACAUUGGAGGAGGAUGAUCAUGACCCUCGGAUCCGAGAUCCAAAUGAAUUGCAAAUAGAACCACAUCUCCAAGGAGAUGUUCCGCAAGCAAUGGAACCAUAUCAGCAUGAAGAUGUUCCGAGAGCAGUGGGGCAAUACCUCCGUGGAGACGUUCCGAGAGCAGUGGGAGCACCUGAUCAGCUAAGACACCCUCCACAACAGUCUCUACAACCAAGACCUGAACACUGGCCAUCUUCAGAACGGAAAGCCAAAGUAGAGUUACAGUCAGUGGGAGGACAGCCCCUCAACAUACAGCCAGCUGAUGUGGAAAAAGUCCGAAUACAGCUAGACAGCCUGUCCAUUGGAUCAGCUUCUGGAAGGCAUACAACACCUCCAAGGAGUCAUCCAACACCUCCGAGGAGUGAUUUAACACCUUCAGGAGUGAGUGGGGCAACAAAUACACAAAUGCGUCUACUCCCUGGAGUACCUGCACAAGUUCCUAAAAGAGCAGUCAUGCCUGCUGAAGUCCUAGGAGUACGCAGAAGCAGUCGCCAGACCCGUCCUGCAGACAAAAACCGAGAUUAUCAAAGGACUCUAGAUGAGGAACAGUCUUGA